AUGUAUCUAUAUGCUGGAUUAAGUGAUGAAGAUAUGGGAUUACCGUUGAAAAUUUAUAAUAAUUUUGAUAUCUUGGAUACUUUAAAUUUGAUUUGGAGUACUUCCACUGAAAGUGUUUUUAAUCCUUCUCCCGAAUUUAACAAUGGAUUUUCUGCUACCAUGUUGAAGAAUGGUAUAAUUGCUUACAUUGGAGGAUGGAACAAUGAUGGAUAUCAUGAUAUGAGUAAGGACGAUCGAAUUCUAAUUUGGGGUGGUGAAAAUGGCGGAUUGCCGGCAGAACCUCAAUUAGCGGUAUUGGACACACAAUUCAGAUGGUCGAUCCCUGACGUAACUGGUGCCAAGAAUUCAAUUGAAAUCUUACCUUACUAUGCCCAUACUGCUUCUAUGAUUGACAAUUACAUGAUUAUUGCUUUUGGAUUAACAUAUGAUAGAUUACAUAAUUUACAAAUUCCUAGUAAUCUUAUAUUUUUGUUAUACACACCAAAUCAACAUCAUUAUGAAUGGACUUCUGUUUUUAUUCCAUCUAUUCUUCCUGACGAUGUCUCAGCAUACUUUGAUUCUCCAGAGAAACCACCCGUAAUUUCACCAAAAGAUCCAAUAAAACGACCUAUAUUAACGACUGAUGCAUUGGUUGUUAUAAUAUUAUUAGUUGGUACACUUGUUGGAUUUGUUGGAUGGCGUUUAUACAAAUAUUACAUCGAAAAUAAAG